UCAACGUUCUGUAUCUGUUGCUGCUGCUGCUGUAUCUUUUCCGGGAGCAUUGCAUCUUCUAAGGAUUUCCUGUUUCUGGAGUGUAAUAACGAAAUUAUGAGUGAAGUAACAAAAAUUGAUUUGGAGGAAGCUUUUGAUACAUUAUCAACGGAAGCGAGAGAGUUGUACUUGGGAAGCCGAAUUCCUGAAUUGUUGGAAGUACCGUCUGCGUUGGAUUUCGCACGUGACUAUGUUGGGAAGAAUAUGCCAGUGGUCAUCCGGGGUUGCACCCUACAUUGGCCAGCCGUUCUUAAGUGGAAUUCGAAGUAUUUUAGAUCUCUAUUUUCGGACAAGGAGGUGACAGUGGCCGUAACACCGAAUGGGUAUGCUGAUGGGAUAGCAUCAAAGGAUGGUGAAGAUUAUUUUGUACUUCCUGAAGAGAAACAGAUGCUGAUGACUGAAUUUUUGGACACUUUAGAUGUCGAAGGGCCUGUUCAUUACAUUCAAAAACAAAACUCCAAUCUUACUGAAGACUUUAUGGAGCUAUUUAAUGAUAUUGACGGCGAUACGUUGAUUUUUGCGCGUGAGGCUUUCAAUAAGAAUCCUGAUGCAGUGAAUUUUUGGAUGGGUGAUCAGCGCGCUGUAUCAUCAAUGCACAAAGACCCAUAUGAAAAUAUAUAUUGCGUCAUAUCUGGAUACAAGGACUUUAUUUUGAUUCCACCGGUAGACAUGUGCUUCGUUCCACGCAAAAAAUAUCCGACAGGGAUUUAUAAGACAUCUUCUAACGGCGAAAUGUAUAUCGAGCCAGUAAUUGAAGACGAUGCAGCUCUUGAAACUGAAUGGGUUAGCAUAGAUCCUCUUAAUCCAGAGAUUGAAAAAUUUCCCAACUAUGAAAAAGCUAAUGUUUUUGAAAUUCGCGUGAACUCGGGGGACAUAUUAUAUUUGCCAAGCCUUUGGUAUCAUCAUGUUCGGCAAAGCCAUAAAUGUAUUGCCGUGAAUUUCUGGUAUGACAUGGAAUACGAUGCUCGUUACUGCUACUACCGCAUGAUGGAAAAACUGUGCAAGUUUCAAUAAUUAGAAUAGGUAAGGGGCAGCGUUCAGAUGCAGACAUGAUCCCGCCCAUUAGAUUGUAAAUAUUAUGGCAAUUUUUGUAAAUAAAAUAUAAAUAUUUUCUGUCGAAUCAGAAAGUGCCUUCAAGGAAGAAGUUAUUAAAUGUGUUCAGUCCCAAUGCUUAUCAUGUCUACAAUUAUAAUUUAUGAAAUAAACUGUUACUUAAAAUGGAAA